UGGGGCAGGGCGGGCGGCAGCAGGAGCUCGGCGGCAGGAUCGGUGCAGAUCCUGGCAGUGGCACCAGCAUGGCUGAGCAGGAGCCAGGCUGCCUGCACGGAAAGAAGCAGCUGCCAGCUUUCACCUGGGAGGUGAGGGCCAACGACCGGAGCUACCACAGGCAAUUCAAGAAGAGGUUUGCCUUCUGUCUGAGCAAGCAGAAGUACGCGGGCAAUGCCAUUAAGACAGCCAAGUACAACGUCUUCACCUUCCUGCCCCUGAACCUCUACGAGCAGUUCCACCGAAUGGCCAACAUCUACUUUGUCUUCGUCAUCUUCUUACAGGCCUUCCCCGCGAUCUCCACGCUGCCCUGGUAUCCUCUGCUCUUCCCCCUGAGCUGCCUUCUCGUCAUCCGGGGUGUGCGAGACCUGAUCGACGACAUCGGCCGUCACCAAAGCGACAGAAACAUCAACAGCAGGCCGUGUGAGAUCCUGUGUGGGAAGAGGUUCCGCUGGCGCAAGUGGCGCGACAUCUGCGUUGGGGACAUCGUCCGCCUGCGGAAGGAGAGCUUGGUCCCGGCCGACAUGCUCCUGCUGUGCAGCUCGGAGCCCAGCAGCCUGUGCUACGUGGAGACCACCGACAUCGAUGGGGAGACAAACCUGAAGUUCAGACAAGCCCUGCUGGUCACACACCAGGAGCUGGUGAGGGAAGAGAGCAUGGCUGCCUUUGAUGGGAGAGUGACCUGUGAGGAGCCCAACAGCCGCAUGCACAGCUUCACGGGCACGCUGGCCUGGAGGGGACAGACCUACCCCCUUGACAGCGAGAGGAUCUUGCUGCGAGGCUGCAGGCUGCGCAACACCGACCUCUGCUACGGCUUGGUUAUCUACGCAGGAUUCGAUUCCAAAAUUAUGAGGAACUGUGGAAAGAUCAAGCGGAAGAAAACCAAGCUGGACCGCAUGAUGGACCGGUUGGUGAUCAUAAUCUUCGUGGUGCUCUUGGUCAUGUCACUGUGCCUCGCCAUUGCCUCUGGGUUCUGGGCCAAGAUGUUCCAGGAGAAGCACAGCUACCUCUCUGCUUUCUACAAGCACACAACCCCCGCCCAGCAAGCCUUCUUCAACUUCUGGGGCUUCACAAUCCUCCUGAGCAUCAUCAUACCCAUGUCCAUGUAUAUAAUGUUUGAAUUCAUCUACCUGGUGAACAGCUGCUUUAUCAACUGGGAUCUGGAAAUGUAUUACGCUGCCAAGGACAUCCCAGCACAAGCCAGAAGCACCAGCCUCAAUGAUCAGCUUGGCCAGAUCGAAUACAUCUUCUCGGACAAGACGGGCACCUUGACGCAAAACAUGAUGAGCUUCAAGAAAUGCUGUGUCAAUGGGGCCGUCUACGGUACGGGCACGGGCCAUGAGGACAAACAUCCACGGGGCUCGGGGGUGACCUGGACCCAGAAUGUGCAGAAGAAGUCGGACUUCUGCGAUGUGACACUGCUGGAAGCUGCCCAGCGGGACAAGGACCCAGUGCUGAGGGAGUUCCUGAGGCUCCUGGCCCUCUGCCACACCGUCAUGGUGGAGGAGAAGGGCGACCAGCUGGUUUACCAGGCAGCUUCACCAGAUGAAGAAGCAUUGGUGCUGGCAGCCAGGAACCUGGGGUACAUCUUUCUGGCCCGAACACAAGACACCAUCACCAUCAGUGAGCUGGGGAAGAAGAGGGUGUACAAAGUGCUGGCCAUGCUGGACUUCAACAGCGAUCGCAAGAGGAUGUCUGUCUUAGUGCGGGACCCCCAGGGCACAAUCCGUCUCUACACCAAGGGGGCUGACACGGUCAUCCUGGAGAGACUGCAGAGCAGAGGGCCCAAUGAGACCUUCACCGAGAGGGCGCUGGAUCGCUUUGCAGAGGAGACGCUGCGGACUUUGUGCCUGGCCUGUAAGGAGGUGAGCGAGGUCGAGUACAGCGACUGGAGCAGGAGGCACCGUGAGGCCAGCAUCCUGCUGCAGGGCCGCGCGCGGGAGCUGGACAAGCUGUACGAGGAGAUGGAGCAGAACCUGCAGCUGCUCGGGGCCACAGCCAUUGAGGACAAGCUGCAAGAUGGAGUCCCUGAAACCAUCCAGCUGCUGAAACUGGGCAACAUCAAAGUGUGGGUGCUGACGGGAGACAAGCAAGAGACUGCCGUGAACAUCGGCUACGCGUGCAAGCUGCUCACGGAUGACAUGGAGAUCCUGGAGGAGAAGGAGGUCAGUGAGAUCCUUGAGGCUCACUGGGUCAGCAACAACAACUCCAGUGGCAAUGGGGAAGCCCAGUCCAGCAGCAGCCUCUCCCAGCAGCGCCCCAAGGCUUCACAGCACAAGAAGAGAGCGCUCAUCAUCAGUGGGGACUUCCUGGACAAAAUCCUCCACACUGGAGAGGUGCUGAAGGAGGAGCGGAGGCUGUGGCAGCGGCUGCCUUGCUGCAGGGCUGCGGGCUCAGAGCUGCAGGGCAGUCUGGUGGAGAAGGCCUUCGUGGACCUGGCCACCAGCUGCCAGGCAGUGAUUUGCUGCAGGGUGACCCCCAAGCAGAAAGCCCUCAUGGUGCAGCUGGUGAAGAAGCACAAGAAAGCCAUCACCCUGGCCAUCGGGGAUGGGGCCAACGACGUCAACAUGAUCAAAACCGCCGACAUCGGGGUGGGCAUCAAUGGGCUGGAGGGCGCACAAGCCGUGCAGUGCAGCGACUAUGCCCUGGCGCAGUUCUCCUACCUCCAGCGCCUCCUGCUCGUCCAUGGCCGCUGGGCUUAUCUCCGCAUCUGCAAGUUCCUGCGCUGCUUCUUCUACAAGACCUUUGCCGGCCUCAUGGCCCAGGUCUGGUUCGCUUUCCACAGUGGAUUCACGGCUCAGCCCCUGUAUGAGGGCUGGUUCCUUGCGCUCUACAACAUUUUCUACACCGCCUACCCUGUGCUGUCCAUGGGCCUUUUGGAGCAGGACGUGAGUGCCAAGAAGAGCCUGGAGUUCCCUGAGCUCUACGUGGUCGGGCAGCAGGAUGAGCUCUUCAACUACCGCGUCUUCGGCAUCACCCUCCUGCACGGGGUCAGCACCUCGCUCGCCAGCUUCUACAUCGCGUUCUGGGCCUUCAGGGACCAUGUGGGCAGCAAGGUUGUUGGUGACUACGAGUCCUUUGCUGUCACGGUGGCCACGUCAGCGCUGCUGUCGGUCCUCAUGGAGAUCAUCCUGGACACGAAGUUCUGGACGGUGCUGUCCUUUGCGAUGGUCGCUGCCAGCCUGCUGCUCUUCUGCCUCUUCUCCUUCUUGACCCAAAGCAUCGGUGCCUUCAGGAUAGCCCCUGCCAUCUUCUGCUUCCCAGAUGCCACCCGGAACGCCCUGACCGACCCCUACGUCCUGCUCGUGGUCCUGCUGUCCCUGGUGGUGAACACUAUCCCCUCACUGACCAUCCACCUGUACCACACCAUGGCAGGCAAAACCACCAUCCAGCAGAAGACCCGCUUGAAGGCAAAGCAGGCGCCGGAGCCCUCGGUGGAGCUGCGUGCCCACGUCCCCCGCGGCUCCUUCCACCGCCGCUCCAGCUACGCCUUCUCCCACCAGGAAGGCUACGCCGGGCUCAUCACCCGCGGGGACAGCCUGCGGGCUGGGGCUGCUCGCCCCGGUCUCCUGCAUCCAGAGAUGCAAACCCGGGCUUUGCCGUCCCCCCCCAGCCCCUCGCCGUAGGGUGCCCUGGCAGCAUCAACCUCCCCCUGUGCUGGCGUGGGAGGUGCUGUCAAGGUGCAUUUUCCAAUCUCAUUUAGAUGGGUUUGAAGCCAGGGGCAGCCCCUACGGAUGCGGAGGGGCUGGACCAGCCUGGGGGGCUGCUGCUCCAGGCACUAAACUCUGGGACAUGUCCUGCCAGCAGCUCUGUCUGCUCCACACCGGGUGUGUUACAGCCUGUACAGAAAGCAACCAACCUCUGCCACGCACAUCGGGCUGGUUCUGGUGCCCGUGGCAUUCACAUGCAUCAGCCCAACAGAGCAGCCUGGCUUCCAGCAGCCUCUCCUCAUCGCUGCCCACCAUCUGUGAGGAUGCUGAGGCGCUGGCACAGGGUGCCCAGAGAAGCUGUGGCUGCCCCAUCCCUGGCAGUGCUCAAGGGCAGGUUGGACACAGGGGCUUGGAGCAAGCUGCUCCGGUGGAAGGGGUCCCUGCCCGUGGCAGGGGUUGGAGCUGGAGAAGCUUUAAGGUCCCUUCCAACCCAACCCAGGCUGGGAUU